AGCACUAUUUCUAGGUUAGCGGAGUCUGUAACCUGAAGCGUAUGUAACCCGAGGUACCACUGUACAGAUGAAAUACUCGGUAGAAAGGUUUAGGGUUCCAUGCAACGCUAGUCCAUCUUAGACCUGUUAAAUCGAUGCACGUUCAAUGGGUCUACUCUGAAUAGAUGUCAGUUGGCUUGAAAUGGUAUUGGCAUUGAAAUACAACAACAACCGUAGUAUGAAUGUUGCUGUUGUGGUUUUUUUGCGUUCCAGACAAAUGCAAUAGCCACAACCCAGUAUGAAGCUGAACAUACCCACAGGCAUGAAUCCAGUCUUGUGUUGGAUCGCAGCCACUAUUUUGUCCUACUGCGACAAUAAAUAAAGGCACAGGGAGAAGAUGCUGGCAAUGAAGAAUUUUUGGCAAUAGUCGAGGAAACAAACAUUUUUGACUGUCGAGUCUGUCCACUAUUGCUGCUCCCAACACUGAAGAAAUUGUGGUACUGGGACUAGUUGGAAAAGAUGUUAAAAAGAAAGAUAAAAACCUAUUCCUGUAUGCCACGACAGCAGCAAGGACUAUGUUAGCCCAGAAUUGCAAAACAGAAGUAAUACCAACUAUCACUGAAUGGCAGGUCAAAAUGAUUAAUUAUGCGGAACUGGCUAGAAUAUCGGGGAGAAUAAAAGAUCAGGAUGAACAAAAGUUUUAUGAAAAUUGGAGUAAAUACUUGGAUUAUAUAAGAGGCAACUGUAAAUCUUUAAAGACACUGGCAGGAUUUGAUUAACUUCAACAGCUUAUGAUCAAAUAGAUAAAUGUAUAAAAUACGUGACAUAAAGAAAAUAUAUGGUACUUACCGAAGGGGAGGAAGGAAGUCCAAAGCUCAGUAGAGCUAAUGUUAUGUAUGAAAUGUUUUAAUACAAUGAAUGUAUUGGAAUGUAUGUCUGAUGAAAACUAAUAAAAAUUUAAGUUGGGAAAAAAAGAAGAAAAAGAAAUUGUGACACAUGGCUACAAUCCUGUUCAUGUUUACUCAUAAGUAAGUUCCAGUAAGUUCAGCGGAACAGUUCAGAGGCUGUAUGUGUCUGAAAAACAGUUGCUGGAAACUGCAGAAGCUGAGAGUGCAGUUGCACCCGGGUCCUGUUUCCCACACGCAUGUGGCUGGCCACUGAGUACAGGAUUGGGAACAGCUGUGACGUCACAUGAGACCCUUUUAACUAUAGAUGCUACAUAAUAACCCAGAAACCUCAGCAUGCCAAUCAUGCGCUCCAUGUUCCUUCUGGGUCAAUUGAUUGGUUCUUCUAUCCAUCCCAUGAUCUCAGCUUCCAAGAUGUAGUGUAUAAAGUUCUUCUGUGACUUGAUCAUGUGAUGGGCGGCUGGUCUUUAUCUAGGAUGUGGCUCCUCUGCUGCUGUCAUUAGCAGAGCCUCUCACUCUUCCUGCCCUCCGACGAAAGAUCAGCUCAACUCCAGCAAUGCAGAACCAGGGGUCUCAGAGGACGAUCCUAACAACCUCUCCUCCGAGGACAGUGACCUUCUCCAGGAUAACUACAUUUAGUGCUUCCCAUAGACUGGCCUGCAAGAUGCUGAGCGACGCAGAGAAUAUGAAGCUGUUUGGGCCGUGCAGUCAGAUGCAUGGACACAAUUAUAAAGUUGUGGUAACUGUCCAUGGAAAAAUUGAUCCCACUUCUGGGAUGGUGAUAAAUCUGGAGGAGUUGAAAGCAUUCAUGAAGGAAGCCAUCACAAAGCCCCUUGACAAAAAGGAUCUUGACCGCGAUGUCUCCUACUUUACCAACAUUGUAAGCACAACCGAGAAUCUCGCUGUAUUCAUCUGGGAGAACCUCCAAAAGCACUUGCCUGCAACGGCUCUUCAUAAAAUAAAACUCUACAAUACAGAUGAGAGCAGCGUUGUCUAUAGGGGAGAAAUGCCAGCUCCAUCGACUGUCGUGAAUGCCUGCAAAAUGCCCCCCACAGAUGACCAAAGGAAGAUUUGUAGCAGUCCUAAAAAUAUGUAACUGCUGGUCAUGAUUGCAUCCUUCCUGCCAUGUGUGCCAUUUGUGGGCUUGGGGAAAAUCCACUGAUCCUUCACAUGUUACAAAGUCUGAACCCACAGGCGUGUCCAGCACUUACAUGUAUUCAUGCACACACUACCAAGGGGUUAGAAUCUUUGGCUAGAGUUAUGAUGUGCAUCUGUUAUGAGUGUGUUUUCCUCUAACCCAGUGCCCAUAAGAGGUUUGUAUAUAAAAGUAAUAAAGAAAGCUUGGUUUAUGAUAUGGAAUGAAAGUGACAGAAUAUAUAAAUGCUGCUUCAGACAGCAAAACUUCAAUUUAAGCAGCCAGCAAACCCUACAGUACAUAGACACCUUGAUUUAAAGUGUGAAAGAAUCCCUAACUAUUCUCAAAAGCCUAUAGAAAGUGAGCAGAAAGUGACAAUUUUGCCACUGAACCCAACGCUAAUAGCAAGCCAAGGAAUGAAGAGGGAAGGGUAUACCUGUCCUUAAGGGCAAAACAUAUGUUGGUUCCUUAAGAGUGUGACUAGGUUCAUUAUUGGACCUUGGAGCGCUGACAAACCAUUGAGAAUAUAAGGUUUUUGUAGUAAUUUUAGCCAAUGCAAUAUAUUGAAAACGGGAAGAGGGCUUUGAUAGUUUGAUUGUCAUGUUGUUUCUACCCAAAAGUUCCCAUUUUGUUUAUUCUGCUUAAUUAAAAGUUGAAAAAGUAUAAUCCUAGUGA